UUUGGCACAAACUUAUUCUUCACUUGCCUUCCUGCUCCGAUGUGACUUUCCCUUCCCCAAAUUGUUUUGCAUGGAGCCGUCUCUCCUCCUUUUUAUUCCCCUUCCGCCUCCGCCCCGCCCUUUUAAGCUUCACCCUCCGAGUUUCAUCUUUGCCCAUGGCCGAUGCCUCCGCAAAGUUCCACUCGCCGGAGCUCCUCCCGCCCGGGCCGGCCGCCGCCGACCUCGGCGCCGCUCAGCAGCAUGACGGCCUCCACUUCUGGCAAUUCAUGGUGGCCGGAUCCGUCGCCGGGCUCGUCGAGCACACCGCCAUGUUCCCCGUCGACACCCUCAAGACGCGGAUGCAGAUCGGGUCGCCUCUCUGCCACCCGCCGCUCGGCCUCCGCCAGGUCCUCCACGGAGUCCUCCGCGCCGAGGGCCCCUUCGGCCUCUAUCGCGGCCUCGUCGCCAUGAGUCUCGGCGCUGGCCCUGCCCACGCCGUCUACUUCUCGGUCUAUGAGUUCUCCAAGAAGUCGCUGUCCGGGAACAACCCCAGCAACCCGUUCGCGCACGCCGCGUCUGGUGUGUUCGCCACCGUCGCCAGCGACGCCGUCUUCACUCCCAUGGACACCGUGAAGCAGCGCCUGCAGCUGAAGAGUAGUCCGUACAAGGGGGUCUUGGAUUGCGUCGCUAGGGUUCUGCGAGAGGAAGGGAUUGGGGCGUUCUUUGCCUCGUAUAAGACGACCGUGGUGAUGAACGCUCCCUACACAGCCGUGCACUUUGCGACCUAUGAAGCGGCAAAGAGGGGGCUUACGCAGAUCUCGCCGGAGAACACAAGCGAUGAACAGCUGGUUGUGCACGCCACAGCUGGCGCUGCCGCCGGUGCCUUGGCGGCAGCAGUAACGACGCCGCUAGAUGUGGUCAAGACUCAGUUGCAAUGUCAGGGGGUUUGUGGUUGCGAUAGAUUUUCUAGCAGUUCCACGAGCACGGUUAUAGGGACUAUAGUACGGCGCGAUGGCUACCCGGGGCUGAUGAGGGGAUGGAAACCUAGAAUGCUAUUCCAUGCACCUGCAGCAGCCAUCUGCUGGUCUACUUAUGAAGCUAUGAAAUCAUUUUUCUACGAGCUGAACAAUAAAGAGUGAAACAGUCUGAUCAAAUGAGAGGGUAUUGUCCCCCUUUUUAAUCCUAAAUCUUAUAUAAAAAUAUUAUAGUCCUCCAAUUGAAGGUAGCAUCUGUAAUGUAUUUGGCUCUAUUGCCAAUCUGGUUUUACUGCCACCCUAUUCGACUAAUGUGCCUGUACAAAUUCCCUUGUUAAAAUAAAAUGCAGCACGGCCGCUCGCA